AUGCCCUCCGUGGCAAUGAUGGACCGUGCAGCCUCUUGGGUUUCUCGUUUUGGGGACUUGAGCCCGAGGAUGUGGAAAUCUGCUUCAGAGUCCCUCAUGGUCUCACCAACAACUUCAAUGGCCCCGAAUGUGGAGAAUCGGGAGAAGUCUAUGACUAUUCAGAAGAUGUGCACUUCUGGUACUGACUCAACGACUACCUCAUCAAUGUUGAAGGCCCCUAAGGCAUCGCAGCCGGUGUUGUCCAAUAAGGAUCUCAAGCAGGAAGAAGCUCUGGCCUUCUUCCUCGAUUCCGUCUCCCGCGAUCCCGAAUUCUUUGAAGAAGCCAUUGGCGCACGCAGGACACGGAUGGAAGAAGACCUCUGCCUGAGAUUGGAGCUGGAGGAGAAGAGCAGCAAAAAGAACAGGAAAGCAGCUUGCCUACGCGUCAUCGUGCAACUGUGA